AUGGUUUUCUUGAAUCCUGACAUAACAUUGGUUCAUCUUCUUCGAGGCUAUUUCGAAGCGUCGGGAAAGGUCUUGGAUGCUGCAAUCAGAGGCUUCAAGGAUUAUUUGGCGUCGGAUUCAGCACCAACCAAUGCUGAUGCGGCAUCAUCUAGAGUGGCAUCAGAUGUCCCGGUGAUGAAGAUGAAUAAUCGGACAAACGACACUGAAUGUGCGGAGCUAAUUGUCAAGGAGAUGUCGGCCGCUUCAGAUUUGAUCGACACCAAGAAUCGAGCCUUCAUGAUACUUGAAUUGUUCGACAAAUCUGCCGCACACUGCAAUACUCCUGAUGAAAAGCAGAAAAUGCGUGAGCACAAGAUACUGAAGCAGAUGCUGGGAGGCCUGCUUCACCAGAACGGCGUCCUGAAGAGGGCCUUUCUUAUCCAGCACAACCGGCUCAAGGACUACCAGGACAUGGUGCAAGAACGGUCCCAGUUCAAGGAGAUCGUCGGCAAGUACCAGCAGCAGAUCAAGGCGCUAGAGGUUAGGAACUAUGUGCUGUCGUUGCAUCUCGCGGGGUCGGAUCAUCAGAGUGAAAUAUCUGGGCACCGUAACCCCGACGUCCCCUAGGCGUCUACUGCAUCCUGCUGGAUUCGGAUGCGAGACCCUGAAGCUGUGAUUGUUG